AUGCCUCGAGGACUGCUUCCCGUCUCCACGGGAGUUCUCCCGGCGCCCACUUCGCCUGGUUCUCACCUGUCGACUCAGCGAAGCUGCCGGAAGAAGGCCGCGGUCUCGGAACAAGCCGUUGUUGCAUCUGUGUCUUCCCCGCUGUCUGCCGCUUCCCGUUCGAAGAAAAGGCGAGAGCCUCCUGUGCUGGGAGUUCGUUCGCAGGACUCUGAGGUCGAGGAAGAGCCGCUGUCUCAGCGGAAAGCCCCCGACUCGAAGAAGAGAAGAAACUCGACAGCGCGCAUCCUCUCGCUCUCCUCGGGGGGCACCGAUUGCCACACGCUGAACGGAGGCUCCGAGGAAGCGCGCGAGGGCGUUCCUUCCUUCUCCCUCCCCCCGUCUCUCUCCGAGACCCUCAUCAAGCGCUCAGACGGUGUGUCGCAAGGCCGAGGAGAGGGGCGGCUCGCCGUGGGCGGACCGUCUUCACCGUCCAAAAAUGACUCGCCGGAAAGCGAUACAGAGCGCGCCGAGACUCCGCCCCCGCGCCGAGUCACAAGGCAGAUGAUGAAGGAAGAUCUGGAGGCCCAGCAGAAGGCAGCAGGUAGCCGAGGAGCGACGGGAGAGGCGAAGUGCGAGAGGGGGCGGGCAGAGCAAGGGAGAGGGGGGAGAAAGAGUGGCUGCAUCGAGCAGCGGGACACGCAGCGGGAAGCUGAAGAACGCAGAGAACUGCAUGCGCUCAAAGGGUCGACCAGCCUCGAACGCGUCCGCGAGCACAGAAGAAGAACGGGAGACGCUCUCGGAGAGGAGGAAGUGGAAAUGACUAGUCCUGCAAAGCGCCCGGAAGACGGCCAGCGCAGGGCGCCGGAGGAAGCGUCGCAAGAAGGCCUGGAUGGCGUCUCCGACCUCGACUCCGAAGCGGAGGAGGACUUGAAGCUGCAGGACCUCGAUGGCCAGAUCGAAAAGUUUGAGGCGGCCCUCAGUCUCCUGCGACCCACUGUCGGAGACUACGCGGGAGAACGGGAAGAAAGUGUCCAGGCUAUCGGCUGCCAUAUCGACAAACUCUUGGCGCGAAAACGCGGCGGCAUGAUCUACCUGUGCGGCGCCAGCGGAACGGGGAAGACAUGCACGGCCUUGCAUGUGCUCGACCAGAAACUGAAGGAGGCGAAGCACCGCGGGAAAAUCCACAAAGAGCUGGUGACGGUUUCCUGCGCACACCGCGAGAAGGACGCUCAGUUGUUCUGCGAGAUGCUCAUGCGAAUGUUGCCUUCUUCGAGUCUUCCAAGCGAACGGGCACUUUACUCAGACCUCAAGUCUGCACUACUGAAGGAAGGCGUUGGAGGGCUGGUAACGCGUUUCACGAAUUUCACGAAAAGAUUCGAGAAGCUCUGGCUCUGUCUUGUGGACGAGGUUGACUUUUUAACGACGACGGGGAAGAUUCGUGCAGAUGUCCGUGAUUGUCCAAGCAGAGGGUCAGGGGGUGGUGCAGGAGGCCGAGGAUAUGGAUCGACUUGCGGAUCUGCCAGCCACAAAAAUGCUUUACAGCAGGACAUUCUCAUGGCUCUCGCGUUGGCGGCGACGCAUCCCCAGUCAAAGAUCGUCGUUGUCGCUAUCAGCAACAGUUCGGAACUCGCGCAGCACUUCACGGGGCUUCCUGUUCCGUCCCUCACCUUCUGUCCGUACACCGAGCGCCAGCUGACGAGUCUACUUUUGAAAAGACUCGAGGUUCUGGGAGGUCAGCAGUGCUUCGCAGCGCCUGCGAUUUUGGUCUUUGCUCGCAAAGCUGCCAACACUUACGGCGACUUUCGCAUGGCCCUCAGUGGCUUCUGUCGUGCAAUUGAAGACAAACUGGGAUCUCUGCACGAGGAACGAGCGCGGGCAUUGCUAGCGGCAGCCUCUCGGUCGCGAUCUCGCGCUUCCCUCUGUUCAACAGCAGCUCCUCCGAGCCGGUCGAUGACAGGCGAAGCAUUUCCCGAUUCGCCUCUUCUCCCUUCUGAUCCAGACUCCACUGUCGCCUCAAAAUCUCGGAAACGCGGCGCACAGUUGCCUCCGGCAGACACCGGGGCGUCGCCGAGCAAGGGUAAACUCGAUGAUGCAUGGACGCAGCUCGAGGCCCCCGGUUCUCCCGCUGCGCUGGCACAGACGAAACAAAAGACCUCUUCUGCGCUUCCGAUGCAGCACAUCGCGUUGCCUUCGCGGAAAGAAGAGGGGGAGAAGGAAGGCUGCCAACAGGCGCCGACGCCUUCAUUUUCGGCUCUUCUCAAUCGGAGUGUGCUGACAGGCGAGACGCCGCAGCACCUGCAGCAAACUUCCCCGUCCACAGCCGCCUCGACGUCGUCGCUUUCUCCCCUCACUUCCUCCUGUCAUUCUCCGGGAAGGUUCUCGCAAACGAUGGAGGACGCCCGCAGAAAACACUUGGAUUUCUCGUGGAGAAGUGACGAACAGGACGCAGGGGUCGAGGGUGGCACAUGCGCGCGCACUCGAAGGGCCACCCAAGAAUGCAUGCAUGCGACACGCAAAGCUGCAAGAGGAGGAGGCGACGAUGGAGCAGCAACAGAAACCGCCAGACGAUCGGGAAGCUACACAGAUGCGAACUCUCCCCACGUUGAACUCGGUUCGCCGGUGUCUGAAGCAUGCAUGGAAGUGGCGAGACUGUCUCCUCUGCAUGCGCCGGCCGGCGAAUCUCCUCUGGACGCAGAUAGCCAGAUGGAGGUGGACAGCUUGCCAUGUGUCGCGUGCCUUUCUUCCGCGAAGGGUGGCGAGGCACAGACAAUGAUGGGUGAAGAGGGUGAAGAUAAGAGCUCGGGCUCGGGUUCCGAUCCCCGCGCCGAUGGCCUCGAGGUGGAGCAGAAGGACAAAAAGGGCAGACACCGGCAGUCGACUCGGAGGCGGGAGUCUGUUCGAGGGUUCCCCAGGGUCUCUUCUGACGUGAGUUCGUGCCGGCGAGAGGAUUUGCAAGAGCCGAAGCUUCGUAGAGACUCUCAAGUUGGGUCCGAGGCGUUUCUCUCUGCGUCUAUGUCGCCGUCAGUCCGGUCCUUCGCCUCCGUGGACCCCCCGCUGUCUGCGUCGACAACGCAGCCCAGGAGUUUGGGGGCGUGUCCUGCAGCGACUUUCUUUCCUUCCUCUCCACCAUCUCCGCUGUCUCUUUCGUCGUUCUCGCCCUCCACGACUGCGACUCCGCCGCUGUCGCCGUUCUUUUCUGCCACAGGCAGACAGGUGCCGCGAGGCUCUCACAGUCAAGGGAGCGGGCACCGGAGGCGGCUGGGCAGCCAGCUGUCUGCUCUGAAGCUUCUUCAGGCCCCGCAAGAGCCGCCAGGAAGCGUCGAUCCGCCACAGAGCCGCCGGCCCUCGAGCUGCAGCAGCGGCUCUUCGCCUUCGCGUUCUCUCGGCUUGCGAGAAAUCCAGAAUUUGAAGAGUGCCUCGUCGCAAGGAGCGUCUCUUAACCAUCUUCUUUCGGCGUCGUCGCGCGCAAGCCACUCGCCACUCUCGUCUCGGGAGCCUUCGCGGUCGGGGGAUAACCGGGGUGUUCUGCGAAACGCCUCAGAAAGUGGAGACACCUGGAGGACUGGGAGAGAAGGGGGGGCGGCAGAGGUGAAGCCUGGAAAAACCACACACGGCGGCGAGAACGGCGGCCGGUGCGGGAGUCGGCGGUCGGGCGAGGUGGGACCUAACGCCGCGUGGGAAGGGCGUGCGAGUGUCACCCAAGUGAUCGGCGUCGGAGAAAUGAAUGCGCGAGCGGGUGCGGUCUUUGGAAACGACCAGCAAAACGUCGUGGCCAGAAUCCAAGGCCUACCUCUCAUGCACCAGGUGUACCUCCUCGCCGCCUGUCGAAGCGCCUUGAAGCGCGUGCAUGAGGCGAACGCAGGGGGGCUGUCGCAGCCCGCGACCGGAAGGGAGGAGAGAGGAACGGGGAGACACAGCCAAGAAAAUGUGAGCUCUCAACAGAGAGAACAACUCCUGGGUUGCGGAGGCAGCGUCGACAUCACAUUCACCGACGUAGAGGUUCAGUACCGGCAGCUCUGUCAAGAGCUCCAGAACGGAUAUCUCUUGAGUCAGCACAUGGCUACGAGUUGUUGGAGGCACGCGCUCGAGGCAUUUGAGCAGAUGGGGCUGAUGCGUCCGAAGCGACCUGGCGUGCUGGGGUCUGGGGCCGCGAGUGGCCUUUCGGGCCUCUCCAGCCCUGCCACGGGCGCCUCGCUUUCAAGUCCCUUGAAGGGGGGCAUGUGGGGCGGCUCCGCGCGGGGGUUUGGGGCUUUCGGGCCGUUCGGAGGAGGACCGCGAAGAAGCUCGGGGGGGCUUUUUGUCGGCAUGGGUGGAGGCGGCGCGGGCGCCGGCGGAGCUUUCAAGGCAAAACUCACUGUUGAACGAGAGCAGGCUUGGGAGUUGCAGCUGUCACCCGCCCUUAUCGAGGCGGCCAUCAAGCGUCUCCAGCCUAUCUUGAUGAGCUCGGACUUGGAGGAGCACUUCACUCGGGGACUUGAGGCCUGA